CCGCCCCGAGCUGCGCUGUCCUGGGCGCAGAGGGCGCGCGACUUCCCGGUUCCUCGCUCAGCCGCCGCGGGUGCGCAGGCAUGGAGGAGCAGCCGGAGUGCAGGGUGCUCUCCAUCCAGAGCCAUGUCGUGCGCGGCUACGUGGGCAACAAGGCGGCCACUUUCCCCCUGCAGGUUUUGGGCUUUGAAAUAGAUACUGUAAACUCUGUCCAGUUUUCAAAUCAUACAGGUUAUGAUCACUGGAAGGGGCAGGUGUUAAAUUCAGAUGAACUUCAUGAACUAUAUGAAGGACUGAAACUGAACAAUGUAAAUCAUUAUGAUUAUGUACUUACAGGCUACACAAGAGACAAAUCAUUCCUUGCAAUGGUGGUUGAUAUUGUUCAAGAGCUAAAACAACAGAACUCCAAUUUGGUAUAUGUAUGCGAUCCUGUGAUGGGUGACAAGUGGAGUGGGGAAGGCUAUAUGUAUGUUCCAAAGGAUCUUCUUCCAGUUUAUAAGGACAAGGUUGUGCCUGUAGCAGAUAUAAUAACACCUAAUCAGUUUGAGGCUGAGUUACUUACUGGGAGGAAGAUACACACUGAAAAAGAGGCUAUAGAGGUAAUGGAUAUGCUCCACAAUAUGGGACCCGAGACUGUUGUAAUCACCAGCUCAGACCUCCAGGCACCUUCAGGAGAUGAUUACCUGAUAGCAUUAGGAAGCCACAGGAAAACUUCAGAAGAUGGGACCACAGUGACACAGAGGAUCCGAAUGGAGUCUCCUAAAGUAGAUGCUGUCUUCGUUGGUACGGGAGACCUGUUUGCUGCCAUGCUCUUGGCCUGGACCCACAAGCACCCAGACAAUCUAAAAGUGGCAUGUGAAAAGACAGUGUCAGCCAUGCAGCAUGUUUUGCAGAGAACCAUAACAUGUGCAAAGGCCCAAGCUGGAGAAGGAAACAAACCCAAUUCAGCCCAGCUGGAACUGCGGAUGGUCCAAAGCAAAAAGGACAUAGAAAACCCAGAGAUAAUAAUAAAAGCUACUGUGUUAUAAAGGUUGUAUAUCUCCUAACAACGCACAAUGUAUUGAUGUCCUCAUUUUCUUUCCUGUAAAUUGUAAUGUUUGCCUUAGAUCUGUGACAGAAACCUGACUUCCAUGAAAUAGUGCCCAGCAUAGAUGAGAUCCACUACCAAGCACAUGUGCUGGCCUUGCUCGAAUUAAGAAGAAUGAAAAAAGCUAGGUGUAUAUUGCAACUCUCUCCCAGGUAUGAAGUUGGCUGUCAGAUCAAUUCAGUCUUGUUGGGAACCCUGGGUUUGGGAGCACAAGGUUUCUUGCCUUGCCAAAGACUUUCAGAAUGCAUUUGUUAGUGGAAUGAUUGUCUGGAGUGUAUAAACUGUGGGAAAGCAUAUUGUGCCAAUUGAGCAGGUUACCUCUCCCCUUAAAUGCAGUGGUUUGGCAGCCUGCUUCAAUGUUCAGUACCUCAAAAAGUAGAGAGAGAUUCAGGCCAAGUGUGGAGAGGGGUCUGCAGAUGGUUAGCUUUUAGGUUCUCUGUCUGUACAGCCCUUGGAAGUAUGAGAAUGUGUUAUUGAGAACAGCUCCCAUGUCUGGUCUGUGAAAAAUUGCAAGACUCCACUAUCCAGAGGUGCUAACCCUUUAAUAUUAAGCAACCAAAAGUCGUCAGGUUUUUUUGGUCUUCUUUUGUUUUCUUUCCCCCUUCUUUCUCUCCACAAAAAAUACAGAUGAGUAAAGGACAAUGGUGGUUCUACCUCUGAUAGAAUACACUUGACACAGUUUUAUCAAAAAACUCACAAGAUGCAAGUUUCCUUAAUAAGUACUUCUUAUGAAACCUGAAUAUCCCAUUUCAUCUUGUAAUGGCUAGGAGGGAAGUGAAAGUCUUUGUUGUUUGUUUAGACCAAUUCACUGUUUAUGACCACUGGUUUGCGUGCUCCUGCUUCUGGGAUGGAUGAUUUAAAAAAAUGCUGUAUAAUCAAUAGGUUUCUCCAGACAUACACUUCCACCAAAGGCACUACACGCCAACCAAUGCCGUUGUACAACCUCCAUGCCUUUCAGUGACAAUUUGGCAGGAAUCUCAUGCAAGCCUGAUAGAAAUGAAUAUAGGUUGCACCGUAGACAUUUGGGGGGCAUUUUACCCAUAUUACUUAUCAAUGCAAUGCCCAUACCUUCAGGAAUUUUACAGGAGUAAUUGUCAAAUUUUAACUUGAAAAAAAUAAAUGACGGUCUGGAUGCUCUAGUGAGCAUGUCUGAAUACCUUGGGAAUCAACACAGAAUGCUAGAUUCUGCUCCAUGCAAUAAUCUCUUAAAGUUAUUAAAACUAUUUCAGUUCCUCUUAGUUGUUGAUAACUUAAUAGUGCCAGGACUAAGCAUAUUAAUUCAACUUAGAAUUUUAAACCUGUUUUCCUGUUUCUCUUCUCUCUGUCUCUCUGUUCCCCGCCCCCAAAAGAAUUAUGGAUAAAUUGACAUUUGUACUCUU